AUGGCACGAAUCACGGGAUCACGUAUGACGCGAAGCAGAAGCCGAGAAGCAAGUAAUGGUCUUAUGCAAACCAAGGGAGCAAAUCCUGAGGUUGUAUCGGGGGGAAACUUGCUGAGCGUGCUGCCAGAGGAGCCGUCCAUUCCUGCUCCUGUGUUCACUGUACCCGGACAAGUCAUACCAGAGUCACCUGAGAACCCUGAGGGUCAUACCAAUGUCUCUGGUACUACCCUGGGUCACGGUGAUGUGGUUCCUGAUGAUUCUCAGGUAGCCGACAAAAUAGUGACCCAUCUACCGUUUCUCCAACAACAGGCGAGUCUUCUCAUGACUCUCCUGGUUCCCCCGGAUUUGAACCCAGAUAGCCUCGCAGCUGAAGCGAAGAGGCUCAGCGAGUCCAGCCACCCCCAUCGCAAACGUCUGAAGCGAUAUGUCGAAGGGCUCACGGACGAGUUGGAGGACUCGCCUCUUUCUCGCGAUGGAAAAUCAUUGCUAAAUGUGUCGGAGGCUCGUCGUCUGCUGAGCCGCGUUCAGCUGGAUGCAGCGAUUACGAACCUCCACAUGACAAACUGUGCUGUGCUGGCCCUCAAUAUUUUCCUUCCCAGCAUGGGCACCGAGUCCCAUUCGCAAGUUAUUCAUGAGUUGGAUGCCAAAUUUCCCGCAUGUGUAAUGAAUGACUUUGCGCACAGUUCUACCUCAAGAGAAAUAGGGGCGAGUGCUACUAGAGAAGCCACUUUCAACCUUGCUUUGAAUAUCCGCACGCAAUUCUUCAUCAUGGAACUGGAAAGGCGUCAGCAGGAGCCUGAUUUCAGUCCCUUCUCCGUCUUGCGACAGGUCUUUGCAAUGGAUCUCACCCCCAAUGAAGCAGAUUCGCAGGAUGCACCUAGCUCAUUCCGCGGGUUCAACUUGCCAGGUGUCUUGCAAGACGCUGACGGCCAUCUUCCAGAGCACCUCCCUGAGAAGUUUCUAAUCGCCGUGAACGACAGGUUCAGCGACCUUCAAGAAGAGCUUUCAGAGUGGGAUUCGGUUGAUAUUGGUAGCUUGAAAAAAGCAUAUAGGUGGCGCGCAUUUGAACGAGACCUCGCGCGUUGGAUCUGCACUCGUGACAAAGAAAUCAAGGACGACGUUAGGCGCCUGUCCGAACGGCAGGCGCAUACCUCGCCCCCAGCUCGCCGUCUAACUUCUGUCCCUCUUGGUACUCCUAAUCGGCGCCAAGUAUCCACCAUAGAGCGCAGUGUGGAAACACGCGAACCAUCCUUGGUCCUAGGGACCCGGUCUCCUCAAAAAGAACGUGCGGUGAACACGGCAUCUGUUACCGACGAAGCAACUGCAGUGAACGAAGCAAUUGCGGAAGAUGACGCAACUGCGGUGGAUGAAGCAUCCGUGGCGGACGAAGCACCUGUGGCGAGUCGAGUACCUGGAAACAAUGCUUUUCGUUCGCCUGCCUUGCCUCCAAAGCGGCCCGCAACAACGUCGUCUGUUUCAAGCAAACAGUCGCUUCGGCGCACAUCCACCAACAACUACCUAAAUCCAUUCUCGCUUGCAGUGCUCAAGAGACGCAUGAUGAGUUGCCAGCGGGAACCUCCACCCAACGCUGAAUCACAAGCACGAGGCAGUUUGGGUCAAGUGGAUAAUCCUGGACCCUUAGCCAACGGCAGAACUGCCAAGUCCCCCGAAAUUCAACAAUCCCCGGAACCGAGAUACCCAGACAUUGGGGACGAUUCUACCUAUGUUAACCAUGACGAAGACUUGGACCCUGCCCACGGCCCAGGAAGCGAUAUUAUGACAUCGGACAGCCCGCCAACCUCGGCCAGGAUUGAACGAGUCAGUCACAACCCUCGAUACUUUGAUUCGCGGAGAGAUGGGCACUCGCAGCGAUCCACAGACUUGGCUCCAGCUUCUCGACGCUUCCUGGACAAACAGACCAAUGCUGCAGCUGUGUCACCUAUCAGCCAAUAUGAUUCACAGGUUGCAGACAAGGAACACACUACGCUUGGGAAGCGGCCUCGGAUUUAUGAUGGCUCGGAUUUGGAGACAGACGAUGAAUUUGAAGAGGACACACAUGACGUUGACCCCAUGCGUCGGCUUGAUAAGCCCCAACAGAGUCGACCUGCUGCAAAGCGACAGCGUCCCCAGGACAGUUCCCAGGUUGAGGAAAGACAACAUUUGCAAUCAACCCUCGAUGAGCUCAGCAGGAGACAAGAUCACCAUCAGCCAAAGUCGUCCGGAGUGAUUCGCAGGGCCCCAUCGAUGGAAAGUGACAACAUGACGGAUCAGGAGACCACACUUGAUAGAUCUGUCCCCCCUCCCACCCAGAGCCGAUGGGCAGCUACCAAUUCUGUGGCUGCUGCUCGAUCGUUGAAAAUUAGAAAGACCCAUCGACGAUGGUCAGAGGAGGAAGAUCAACGCUUAAUCCACCUCAUGGGAAUAUGGGGCCCCUCCUGGGCCACCAUCAAGAAGCAAGAUGGGGCUUGUCCGCCUGCCGAUGGUGGGCCCCUGCUUGAGAGUCGCUCUCAGGUCAAUUGUAAAGAUCGGGCUCGCACUCUGAAGAGGAAGUAUCUGAGAGAGGGUCGACCGCUUCCACCGGGCCUGGAUAAGGCACUUAGUUGA